CAGUUAACCUCUGGAAUGGAUUAAAAACCUUCUGGAAGUCAAAGUGGUCAGAAAACAUUUCAGACUUUAAAUUGGGUUUGGUUGCAGUCGGGUGUCAACAUGCCGUUCAUGCCAGUGAAGUUUGACCUGCUGAAGCGGGUGAAGCUGGCUCAGGCUCUGUGGAUGCUCUACUGGCUCUCCGUCAUCAUGGGGAUCCUGAUCUUCAGCCUCGGCAUUUUUUUCAAGAUCGAGCUUCGGAAAAGAAGUGAGAUGAUGGACAACAACGAGAGCCAUUUAGUGCCCAACCUGUACAUCCUCGUGGGCCUGUUGGCCUGUGGGUUCAACGCCUUCGGCAGCAAGGUGUGCCAUGACUCUCUGGACCCCAUGAAGUUUUCCAAGUGGAAGCCGAUGCUGCGGUCAUACAUGCUGAUGUGCUGCGGCUUCAACGUGCUGCUGCUGCUGGUGGCAGCGCUUUGCUUCCUCAUGCAGUUUGUGGUGUACCUGGCACUCACAGAUGGCCUCAAAAACGGCAUCAAGUUCUACAAAGACACCGACACUCCGGGACGCUGCUUCAUGAAGAGGACACUGGACAUGACCCAGAUCGAGUUCCGCUGCUGUGGAAACAAUAACUUCAGGGACUGGUUUGAGGUGCAGUGGAUCAGCAACCGCUACCUGGACAUGAGCAACGACGAGGUCAAAGAUCGGGUUCUGAGUAACGUGGAGGGAAAAUACCUGAUGGACAGCGUCCCGUUCAGCUGCUGUAACCCUGGCUCACCUCGACCCUGCAUCCAGCAUCACCUGACCAAUAACUCCGCUCACUACGACUACGACCACCGCACUGAGGAGCUGAACAUCUGGACCCGGGGCUGCCGUGAGGCUCUGUUCUCCUACUAUAGCAGCAUGGUGAACAGCAUGGGGGCGGUGAUCAUCGUGACCAUCAUCCUGCAGUUGGCAGACAUGGGCGGGUUGAAGUACCUGUGCACGGCGCUGGAGACGAUGGCAGACCCUGAGAACCCGGAGUGCGAGAGUGAAGGCUGGCUGCUGGAGAAAGGAGUGAAGGAGACGCUGGCAGACGUGCUCGCCAAGCUAAAGACACUAGGCAGGACCAAUCAGGUGGAGGAGGGCGCCCAGGCGCCACAGGCCAAUGCUUGACAGACCAGCCCACAUCAAAGGACUGACUCCUCCCACACCUCUCCAUACCGCUUCUAAUGGAGUAAAAAAAAAAAC